UUGCGUUUAAACUUAAUUGAUCAACAGUUCUAAUUAUGAAUAAUGAAUAUUAAUAAAAUGACAGUAACAAUUCAUAGGUACGGAGAUGGAAUUUGAUCAUUUAUUUGCCGAGUCGGAUAUUGAAGAAACCGACUCACAGAAUCGCACUGAGUCAUUGACUAGUGAGCCGAAUGAUUCAACGCCUGGUAAUAAUUUUAUUUAUUCACCUUAUCAACGAUUAGUUGAACGAAGGCGUAGAAGAUUUGAGAAACUUUUUGAGACCAUUAGAAUGCGAGGUCUGAUGCUAAAUAGAGAGCUGCCAUCGACUAAAAAUGAUAAUAAAAAUAACAGCCAUAAAAUGGCAGUAAAUGAUAAUCAAAGGAAUCCAUUGGGCAUUGCUGGACCAUCGCGAAUUGUUGACGCUCCAGUUGAUUAUAGUACAACUGGAUCUACUAGUAAUAGUCCCAAUGAGGUUGGUAAUGUUGAAUCAAUAACCAAUGACCCAACCCCUUAUGAAACCGAUGAGCAAUCCAUUAGCCAAAGCAAUACUGCAUUACGUCAUAACGAACGAUCUGAUGAUACACCAUCAGCGCCUGAUUUACAGUUAGAUUGGUCGACUUCCGGUAGCGAGAGUGACGAUGAGGAAGGUUCAGUUAAAGUUUUGGGGACAGUUAACAAUAUAGAUCACCAACAGCCACAGCAAGAACACCGCCCGCAAGCAGUACCCGUUGUAGAUCUAACUGUUGAAUCUGAUGAAGAACAUGGAAACGGCCAGGCGAACUCAAGUCAGUCCUCUCAACCUUUAGCAUCGAGAGCACAAUCCUCGAGAAACGAUGUGCAUUGUGUGCACCGAAGUCACAAUUACAGCCGGAUGAGACGUAUGAUGCCUCCACAAUUUCAUUUUUACCAUCCACAAGAUCUAUAUCAUCACCGAUCCUUCUACCACGAUCGAGCUCCAAGUACUGCUGGCUCCACUGGCUCUCGAAUCCAUCCAGUUCAUCAGCGCAUGUGGCUGCAUCAGCAGAGAAUGCAAGAGACUCAACGGCGUCGAUUGUAUCCAAGAUCAUCAGCUUUACAUAUUUGUCAACCACAGCAACAACAGCAACAGCAACAAACAUCGCUUUCUAAUGCACACCCUGGCCUUUAUCAACCUCCUCCUCAUUAUCUCGUUGAUGGUGAUAACA